AUGAAGAAAUCAGAAACUGACGAAACUUCAUACUUGUUGAGUCAGGAUUCCGAAUCAUCAAAUUCGAACAUCAAUAAUGUGGUGACGGUGAAUAAGUGGGAAGUUAUACCUUCUUUAUGGACAGGGGCAUUUCUUGCGGCUUUAGAUGGUACCAUAGUUACAGCGAUAUAUCCUGUGAUUGGUGGAGAUUUCCAACAAUCAGAUAAAGCUUCAUGGGUUGCUACAUUGUAUAUGUUAUCAUCUUCAGCUCUUCAGCCAUUGUACGGUGGGUUGAGUGAUAUGUUCGGAAGAAAACCAAUGUUAUUGAUUGCAAACGUCAUCUUUUUGAUAGGUUCAUUUGGAUGCUUCCUUGCUCAGAAUAUCACCCAGUUAUUUAUUGCUAGAAUAAUAGCUGGUGUUGGGGGAGCUGGUUUAGGUACUCUUAGCUCAAUUAUUGUAAGUGACAUGGUAUCUUUGAGAGAAAGAGGUACCUAUAACGGGAUGGCAAAUUUGGUUUACGGAACAGGGCAAGUGGUAGGGGCUCCUAUUGGUGGUUAUUUGGCGGAUAAAGUUGGUUGGCGAUACGCUUUCCUCAUUCAAUGUCCCAUAACUUUGAUAUCUAUUAUUGUCAUUCACUUCAGAGUCAAACUUCCCCACCACAACAAAACAGUGGGAUGGAGGGACAUUGAUAUUUCAGGUUCCAUCUUUUUGAUAACAGCCAUCACUUUGAUUCUUGUGGCUCUUCAGUUGGCUACCAAUCAAUUACCUAUGAAAUAUCCAGUGCUUGUAUUUACCGGAAGUUUAGUUUCUUUUUUCAUUGUAUGGAGAACUGAAUUGAAAGCCAAAAAUCCAAUAAUUCUGAUUAAAGUGCUAACCACCAGAAAUCCCCUUCUUUCAGGGUUGACAAACUUCUUUGGAUACAUGGGAUAUUUUGCCAUCAGUUUCAAUUUGCCAUUAUUAUUACAAGUGGUAUACGAUGAAACAGCCAGUAAAGCGGGGUCCCGAUUAAUCACUAGUAUUGUAGCUAUGUGUAUUGGAUCUUUAUCAGCAGGCUAUAUCACCCGUAGAACUGGGAAUUACUAUUAUGUUUGUCUUUGCGGAGUGGGAUCGGAGAUUCUUGGAAGUUUACUUCUGACAACCUUUCUGGACUCUACUCAGGGUUGGCAAUUCCAAACAUAUUUAUUUCCCAGUGGUCUUGGGCAUGGGCUCAUCCUAAGUGGAACCUUGAUGGCUAUCGUGUCAUCGAUUGAGAAGACAGACCAAGCCAGAGCCAUAUCUAUGAGUUAUCUUUUCAGAGUUCUAGGAGGUUCAUUUGGAAUCACCUUAACAUCUAUUUACAAUAACUUCAUGGUAGCCCGUGUUCUCUCUGACAAGUUGUCAGGGGUUACAAACAGAAAUCAGAUUAUCACGAAAGUCACCAAAUCAGUAGCAGAAAUCAAUAGUUUACCCGAACCUAUCAGAGUCAUAGUUAAGAACCUGUUUGCAUUAGUGAUUCAUAGAUCUUUCACGUGUGUGGUGAUAAUAGAGUGUCUUCUGAUGGUUUUUGCUAGUGGUAUUAAACAAUUCUCGCUAGAUAAAUAG